AUGGAUGAUUAUGACUAUAAUGAAGCCAAUACGGAUAACUAUAACUAUAAUAAAGAUAAUACAAUAAGUCCUGAUGACUCUGCUUCUGCAAUUGUUAGAUCAGAUACAUUAGAAUCAAAUGUUACUAACCCAACUAACUUAUGUCGUAAAAAUAUAGUUGACAUGAUAAUUAGAGAUGAACUAAGUUUUCAGUUUGUGGAAAAACAAGGAUUUCAAAAUUUUCUUAAUGAAGUAUUGCCUAAUUUUACUAUUAGUGCUGAUACAGUAAAACAAGAUGUUAUAAAAGCCUAUGAUAAAAGAAAAGCUUUUAUUAAAAAAGAACUUCAAAAUCUACAAACUAUUACUCUUGAUAAUGCAGGCUCGAAUAAUGUUACAAUUUAUGAAUUAGUUGAUUAUAUCUCUCAAGAUUCACUUAUUAAUAUUAAUAAAAAACUUUUCCAUAAUCACUAUUUUGCUCAUAUUUUAAACCUUAUUGUAAAAGAUAGUUUAAAAAAUAUUUUAGGAGCAAUUAACAAGAUUCGCAACUGUGUUAAAGCAAUACAAUCAACUUCAAGAUGA